AUGGCUGAGUAUGAAGCAUGCAUUAUGGGGAUUCAAGCGGCCAGAGAACGAAAAAUUAGAACUCUAGAAGUAUAUGGAGACUCUGCGUUGGUGGCGGACUCUUUGGCGACAUUGGCUUCCAUGAUUAAAGCAAAUAAACAAAAGGAUAUGAAACCAAUUCAGAUGAGCAUUUCGGAGGUUCUAGCUCAUUUCUGUAACAUCAAAGAAGAGGAAAAGGAUGACCAUACGUGGUAUCAAGAUAUAUUACGGUAUGUGAGGAAUCGUAAAUAUCCUGAGAAGGCAACUGAAAACGACAAAAGAACUUUAAGGAGAUUAGCCUGUAAAGAUGUGCUAGAUGGGGAUAUCAUUUAUAAAAGAAGGAAAGAUCAAGUACUUUUGAGAUGCGUUGACGCUGUGGAAGCUAAACAAAUCCUGGAAGAAGUACAUGAAGGAGUUUGUGGUACACAUGCUAAUGGCUUUACGAUGGCAAGACAAAUCAUGAGGUUUAGAUACUAUUGGUCUACUAUAGAAGGAGAUUGUAUCAGCUAUGCUAAGAAAUGA